AUGCUCGGAAAGAUCACUCUCGAAGACCACUUCAACACCCCAGAGUUUGCCGAAAAGGCAAGAUGGUGGGCUGGAUUCUUCGCGACAGACCCUGAUCGUCACGUCCGUGAGAUUUGCGAUCUCAACAAGAUCCGUCUCCAGUAUGCCGAUGAGUACGGCGUUGGAUAUCAUAUUCUCAGUUACACCGCGCCCGGAAUCCAAGAUAUUACCGAUCCCGCUGAAGCUUUAAAGGUCGCCCAGUAUGUCAAUGACUGGACCUACGAACAGAUCAAGGACAAGCCAGAGCGCUACGGCUCAUUUGCCUGCCUGCCGAUGCACGAUCCUGCCACAGCCGCCGCCGAAUUGAGACGAUGCGUCGAGAAAUACGGAUUCAAAGGCGCUCUCGUGAACGAUAACCAGAUCGCCUCUGACGGAAAGUCUCUCAUCUUCUAUGACCAGCCAGAGUGGGAUGUAUUCUGGCAAGCCUGCGUUGACCUUGAUGUUCCCUUUUACCUCCAUCCCAAACAACCCACUGGUGUUGUGUAUGAUACCCUCUGGGCGGACCGAAAGUGGCUCGUCGGCCCACCCCUUAGUUUCGCAAACGGUGUUUCGCUCCACCUCAUGGGAAUGGUGUGCAAUGGCGUCUUCGACCGCAACCCCAAGCUUCAAGUGAUCCUGGGCCACCUGGGCGAACGGAUUCCCUUCGAUUUGUGGCGGACAAACCAUUGGUUCGAAGAUAUCAAGAAACCAAUCGGUAUGCCUAUUAAGAGAACUAUCCGUGAUUACUUCCGAGAAAACAUCUGGAUCACGACAUCCGGCCACUUCUCGACCCCGACAUUGAAGUACUGCAUCGAGGAGUUUGGAAACGCAGAUAGAAUCCUGUUCAGUACCGAUUAUCCAUUUGAAAACUAUAAAGAUGCCUGCACGUGGUUCGACAAUAUCAAAGGACUGGAAAAAGGGCAGAAGGCUGCUAUUGGCAGGGAAAACGCGAAGAAACUGUUCAAAUUGGGAGCUUAUAAGGAUAGUGAAGCGCCCGUUGAGGAUUAG